GAGCUCCAUAAGUCAUAAUCCAAUUCCUAACACCGACACAUUCUUCUUCCUCACACCAACGGCUCUUUUGCCACCGAAUUAAACCCUCAAACCACAAAUUUCAUUGUUUUUUGUUUUUUUUUAUCUCUCCAGCCGUUGGUUUAUCCUAUUCAAAUCCAACCUCUCUCUCUCUCUCUCUCUCUCUCUCUCAUCAUCAAUUUCCUUCACUUUCAUUUCCAGAAGCAACCAAAGAAGCCCAACCUCAAUCUGCACGCAUUGAGUAUAUAUAUUCAUAACACAUCUGAUCCCUAUUCAUAAGUUCACGUAUAUAUAGGUAUUUGUUGUUUUCUUUUCUUUUCUUUUUCUUUCCUUUCAAAUGGGUUGCUUGGUUUUGCCCGUAACUAUCUUGAAGAAGUGUUACUCGGGGUCUCGGCUGGGCUACCGGCCUUUAACCGAAGAUGGUUUCGGCGAGCCAGGUAGGCUGGUGACUGUGGUGGUCGGCAAGGAGAAGAAGGAGUUCUUGGUGGAUUCCUUCGUGUUAGAAGAGAACCCUUUUCGGGUGUUGAUCGAGAUGAUGAUGAUGAAGAAGAAGAAGAAGAAGAAGAAUGAGAAGGAGGAUAUCCAUGUGGCGGAAAGCAGGAAGAAAGGGGUGAUUUUUGUGGAUGUCGACGCCAUUUUGUUCGAGCACUUGCUGUGGCUGAUGCGCAAUGAUAGUUCUUCUCUGCUUCAGCUCAAUCUGGAGGAGAUAAUUGAUUUCUAUGCUCAAGAUUAUUAGAGAGAAUACAAGGUGGAACAUCAAACAGAUUUAGGUAUCCCAUAUUAUAUAUCUAUAUACAUGCAUACAUAUAUGUAUUUAAAGGUAGAGUUCAGAAUAUUAUAGAUCGAGUUUAUACUAUGAAGUACUACAUGAGCAUGAUGAAUUCGUUAUCAUCUUACUCCAUUUUUCCUAUGUUUUCUGUCCUUUUUAUGAGAUUAUCGAUGGAUUGGGUAA